AUGAGGGUUCUAUGGACAUUGGAUAUUGGGAAUCAGAUGUCUCCAUUUCUGACCCCCAGGCCUAAACCAGCUUCCGGAAAUAAAAAUAGCAAUUAUUAUUAUGCAGUAUCCUCACUUGAUAUGGGAAUCAGUGAUGAGGAAUGGGAAAGACUGCAGAAGGCUCUUGACUGGCCUGGUCCAGAUAAAGAAAUCAAUCAGCUGAAUCUGAGCACAAGCCCAGUCCACUCAACAUUCUCUAUUGUGGGACUCAAAAACAGUUACAAAGUGGGAGAUAACAUCUCCAUUAUUAUCACAGCCAGAGACCACAACAACAACAUGAAAAGAUACGGAGGAGAUUUUUUCAAAGCAAAGCUUUUCCAUUCAAACCUAAAGGCGAGUGUGUAUGGGGAGGUUCUGGAUCAUUGUAAUGGAACGUACUCUGUUGUUCUUCUCAUGCCCUGGGAAGGUCAGGCACAAGUUUUUGUACGUCUUGAGCACUCCAGCGAGGUUGUACAGAUUCUUAAAAAAUACAGAGAGUCUUCAUUCCCACGCAGCCACUAUAAUGGCCACUUUGAAGGUCCAGGCCCCGAAAACACCAGGAUCAGUGAAGUAGUAGAAUGCAAUCUUAAGUGGGGUGGAGAUGGAAGUUGGAGUAAAGGCAACUGCUGCUGUGAGUAUGAGGAUAUAAAAAUGAGGACGGUGUGGCAGUGUGAGAGACCGAAGAAACUUUCCUGUGACAAACUGGUUCAUCACUCAAUGGGAGGUUUUAAAAGCCCUUUAAAUGCAUUUGAGAAUCAACUUUUUACAAAGGAAUUAACAAAUGUUGCUAUUUCUGGAGAAAAAAUCAACUUAAAUGUCCUUUCCAACACUGCAGGCAAUGGCACAAUGGAGAGAUGCAGAUCUGGCUUGACAACACUGGUUCCAGCUGGGUUCUAUUUGAAAGAUGUUUGGAAGUCUUUUAUAUGCAACACUCAACAGUUCAAUUCCACCCAAAUGGCAAAUUGUCUUAAAAACAAAAUUAUCUACUUGUUGGGAGACUCCACCACAAGGCAGUGGUUUGAGUAUUUAGAAAGAAAUGUGCCAGGCUUAACAAGAAUGGAUCUCCACACUCCUCGUACAGGUGGACCCCUGAUGGCAGUGGAGAUGAAAAAUAAUAUAAUUGUGCACUGGAAGCCACACGGUGUUCCUUUGCGAUUUUAUAAAAUGCUCAUUACCGACCUGCAUCAUAUUGCCAAUGAAAUUGAUGAAAUAGCUGGUGAUCCUCAUGCAGUUGUUGUCUUCACUAUCUUUGCCCAUCGGGUUUUCCACCCAAUAACAUUUUACAUCCAUGAAGUGGCCAAAAUCCGUCAGUCUGUUGUUGCGUUGCUGAGCCGUGCACCACAGACUACUGUCAUCAUCAAGUCUGGAAACACUGCAGGACGAAAGAAUAUUUUUCAAAGUGAUUGGUUAACCAUGCAGCUGAACACAGUGAUGCGAGAGAUGUUUAGAGAUGUUCAUGGAAUAAUCUACUUAGAUGUAUGGCAGAUGACUUCCUGUCACUAUCUACAUGAAAAUAUUCACCCAGGACCUGUUAUCGUUGCUAAUGAGGUCAAUCUGUUUCUGUCAUAUGUCUGUCCUAUCUGAUUAAUCAUUUACAAUUACACAGCCCCAAAGAAUAAUAUUUAUCUUGCUUUGCUAUCAUCCGCAAUGUACACAC